GCAUGCAACGAAUGCGGCAUGCAUAUCUUUCACAUGCAUAACUUUAUGCGCAACCACCCUUCAUUACACAGUUUAUCACUACUAUAAAUAUCAUCUGCAUAUACUAACUAAAUCAUAUAAUACCAACAGCAACUCUACAACUCUGCACCAUAUAACACCUGAUGAUGGCCUCAUCUCCAUUUAUGGCUUCUCAACCAUCUUUAGCCUUCACCGUCACAAGGCAAAAGCCUGAGCUUGUUGCCCCGGCAGAGCCAACUCCACGCGAAAUCAAGUACCUUUCAGACAUUGAUGACCAACAAGGUCUGAGGUUUCAAAUUCCAGUUAUACAGUUUUACCGCAAUGAACCUUCCAUGAGUGGGAAGGACCCCGUGCAGGUUAUACGUCAGGCUUUAGCUAAAGCACUUGUUUUCUUCUACCCCUUCGCCGGUAGACUCCGGGAGGGAGCUGGACGGAAGCUGAUGGUGGAUUGCACCGGUGAGGGCGUCAUGUUCAUCGAGGCUGAAGCUGACGCCACACUCCAACACUUUGCCAUUGGAGGUGAAGUCAAGCCUCCAUUUCCGUGUUUUGAUCAACUUCUUUACAAUGUUCCUGGUUCUGCAGAAAUUCUCAACUGCCCUUUAGUCCUUAUACAGGUGACCCGUCUAAGGUGUGGAGGUUUCAUUUUUGCAUUACGCCUAAAUCACACGAUAGCCGACGCACCUGGACUAGUCCAUUUCCUGAAUACCAUAGCCGAAAUCGCAAGAGGUGCAGAAGCUCCAACGCUUCAACCAGUAUGGCAAAGGGAAUUUUUCAGUGCCCGUAACUCUCCCCGCAUAACAUGCACUCAUUACGAGUACGAGGAGGAGCCAGCAGACUCAAUGGUUACAAACAUUCCCCUCGACAACCUCGUCCAUCGUUCUUUCUUCUUCGGUCCUACAGAGAUUUCGGCGUUACGUAGGACUCUCCCUCCUCAUUUGCGCAAAUGCUCGACAGUUGAGAUUCUAACCGCUCUCAUGUGGCGGUGCCGCACCAUUGCCCUUGGAUUCGACCCAGAUGAAGAAGUGCGCAUGCUUUUACUCAUCAGUGCACGUUUUAAGUUCAAAGAUACCCCGGUGCCAAGUGGGUACACCGGCAAUGCGUUUGCUUAUCCCGGCGCCAAAACAACUGCGGGCAAAUUGAGGAAAAACCCAUUGGGUUACGCGGUUGAGUUGGUCAACAGCAUCAAACGUUGCUUUAGCGAAGAAUACAUGCAAUCUGCGGUCGACUUGAUGGUUCUUAAGGGUCGACCACUCUUCCAUGUUGCUGGAAGUUUUAUUAUGUCGGAUCUCACACGUUCUAAAAUACCUGAUGUGGAUUACGGUUGGGGCAAGGCAGUUUUUGGAGGGCCGCCUCAUGGAGGUGUCGGUGAUGCUCCAGGUGUGAUUACCUUUCACGUGCCAUAUGAAAAUAAUAAAGGCGAAAAUGGCACUUUGGUUCCUAUUUGCUUGCCGGCCUUUGCAAUGGACAAAUUUGUGAAUGAGCUAGCAAAUACCUUCAUGAAGGCUGCUUUAUGAAUACCGGAGUUUAUUCAAAAGCAGGUGGAAACAGAAAGAUACGGGUCAAUGUUCAACUGGUACGUGGACAGAGCUGAUAAAACCAGCAAAACAUUUGAAUUGUGGUCAAUAUACACUACGGAACUCCAACCAUUCAUUCCUUUCUUCGUAUAUUUUUGCAAUUUUCGCAUGCAACGAGGCGCGGCAUGCAUAUCUUUCACAUGCAUAACUUUAUGCGCAACCAUCCUUCAUUAA